AGUGCCGCAUAUCUUCCCUCUUGUGACCUUUUGAAUACUCCUUAUUUUACUGUGCCAAGUUUACCGUUUCUUUCCAUUGAUGGGCUAUUCACCCACUUCAGUUUCAUUGACUUCCCAUCGGAAAGACAGAUGUGCAUUCUACCUCUAAGCAGGUAACUGCACUUGAAGGUCUCAAGUCAACCUGGUUAUCAUUGUUGAAUCGAGCACCUUAGUUAAAAUAUGUUUCUUCGGUCCAGUUCUCCAACUUUAGGGAUUUAGGAUCGAUCCUUAGGAGAGUGAUGAACACAGCAUGCUGCUGAUAUGGGAUUUUGCAGUUGAUCAAACACAGACAGCUGCUGCAGAGGCUCCAAAGGUGCCAACAAGAGAGACAUUACCAGCAGCUCCAUUGCUGGAUGUG